CUUUUUAAAGAAAUUUAGAUAUUUUGGAAUUGUUGAAGGUCAUUUGACUGUACAAUCGUAUUUGCUUCAAACCCCAGGGAGAAAAAAAAAAAAAGAUUAUGCAUAACUGCGUUCUGUCAUAGAAUUUAUAAACAUUGUUUAGCCGUUUCAAUUACCUGUUAUACAGUAAGUAUAAUGGCCAGGACACUCCACGGCUUAGACCGUGAUGUCUAUCAGAUUAUCAGAAAACUCGAAGAUGAUCAUGAGCGGAACACUCCCUCGAAGCCGCUUAAAUUUACCGUCUCGGGGGUUUACGACUCCAUAAAAAGAUCAAAUUCUAGUCUCUCGCGUCAAAAGAAACGUCCAUUAGAAGACUCUAUCGAGCGGGUUCUUCGCCUCCGGAAGGAGGAGCGAAAGGAGGAAGACGAGGAAGAAACUCUAGAAGAGGCCCCCGCAGAAUCACCGAAAACCAAGGAACGCGACUAUUUCGUAAUGAACAAACACAUUACCCAGUCCUGGAACAUACCCAAGGCCCAACCCACAGUACCAUCUGAAGCCACUACUCCGGGCGGCAAUGCUUCUGGCACUGACCUAGCACCUGUUGCCAUCAUGAAUGACAGACAGCCUAACGGAGAGUCCCGGCCUAAGAAGAGGAGAACAGAGAAGUCUAAAGAAGAUCGUAGCCCGCCUAGCGGUGUUUCUCUGCAGGAUCUCGGAGGGAUGGAUGACGCUAUCAAAGUCCUUGCUGAAUCAGUCACUUUCCCUGUGAGGUUCCCGAAGAUUUGUCUAGAAAACGACUUGGAAGCCACUCGGGGUGUUUUAUUACAUGGGCCUCCAGGCUGUGGAAAAACCAUGCUUGCCAAUGCAUAUGCCGCUUCACUCGGCGUUUCAUAUAUACCCGUCUCUGCGCCGUCUCUCGUUGCUGGCAUGUCAGGAGAGUCGGAAAGAAAGAUCAGAGAGCUAUACGACGAGGCUAAGUCGCUUGCGCCCUGUUUAAUUUUUAUCGAUGAGAUCGACGCCAUUAUGGGGAAACGUGAGAAUGCGCAGAGGGAGAUGGAGAAGCGAAUAGUAGCUCAAAUGCUAACCUGUAUGGACGACCUCUCACCUCAAAAGCUAGGAGGCAAAAUUGUCGUUACGCUAGCCGCGACGAACCGACCGGAUAGUAUCGACCCUGCCCUUCGAAGAGCGGGACGUUUCAAUCGAGAAAUAAGCCUUGGGAUACCAAAUGAGGGUGCUCGAGAGGCCAUUUUGCGCAAAAUGCUUCAGCACGGUCGUGUAUCCCCUGAUUUAGACUAUAAACUACUGGCAAAGAGGACGCCAGGAUUUGUAGGGGCCGAUCUGAAGGAUGUUGUUUCCAUCGCCAAAAAUGAGAUGGUCAGAGCGACCAUGACCCAACUGGCGCAAACUGGUCCGUCAGAAAUGGAUCUUGAUUCUGACGACCAGAUGUCUCCGGGACUUCAGCUGCAUCUUGCAAUUUUGGGAGCACCGGACGAGGCCGUGUCAAGCGACUCACUUAUAUUAACAAUGGAUCACAUGUUAAGCGCAAUUGCGAAGGUCCAGCCGUCCUCCAAGAGAGAAGGCUUCACAACAAUCCCAGAUACUACUUGGGCCCACAUUGGCGCGCUCCACGACGUGAGGAAGCAACUCAUGUUGUCGAUAGUAAAGCCUAUCCAGGACCCCGAACGAUUUACCAGCAAGGGUCUCGAGGCCCCCUCCGGUGUGCUUCUCUGGGGCCCUCCCGGUUGUGGUAAGACUCUCCUAGCCAAAGCCGUCGCCAACGAGUCCAAGGUAAACUUCAUCUCCGUGAAAGGACCUGAGCUCCUUAAUAAAUAUGUCGGCGAGUCCGAACGUUCAGUCCGCCAAGUAUUCAGCCGAGCACGCGCCUCAGCUCCCUGCAUCCUAUUUUUCGACGAGCUGGACGCCCUAGUUCCUCGCCGUGACGGUAACGGGCCCGACGCCAGCGCCCGCGUCGUCAAUCAGCUUCUCACGGAGCUCGAUGGCAUCGGUAGCCGGUUAGGUGUGUACGUAGUCGGCGCAACAAACCGCCCGGACAUGAUCGACCCGGCGAUCCUGCGUCCGGGUCGUCUCGGCACCAACAUCUUUGUUGACCUACCCGACGCCAACGGCCGCGUAGAUAUCCUGCGCACUAGAAUAAAGCGCCUUCUGCCUUCUUAUACCGACUACCCCGUCCUCGAGGCCGUCGCCCGUGAUCCACGCUGCGAGGGGUUCAGCGGUGCUGAUCUAGAUAACUUGCACCUUGCCGCGGGACAGGCGGCUGUCGAGCGAGCGGACUCCAAAGGCGGGCCGGAUGUGCUUUUACCGGAGGAUUGGGAGGCCGCACUAAAUAAGAUAAAGCCAAGCGUGUCGGAUGGCCAUUCUAGCAAGUUUAGAGCGUUAAAAGAGAUGGGAUGGGAAUAAUAAGUACUUCAGCUAGUUAUAAUAAGCAUUAUAUUAGAAAAGAAAAAUUUAAUAUUUUUCGUAA